AGUUAUGAAUCUGAUGAAGAGGAUGAAGAUGUGACUGAUGACCAUUGUCUGUCUGAUGAGAAUGAUGAGGAGAAGAAUUGUCAUGAAGAUGCAAUUGUGGAUCCGGAGUAUGUGUGCCAGUCCACUGACAGCCAGGGGCCAGGAAAAACUGAAACUUGUAGUGAGCUCACAAACAGUCUCAAAAUUGUCAAAAUUUAAAAAAAGUUUUCUUCUUCAAUCAUAAUAUGUAACCUUUUAAAACUAAGUACAACAGCAGUUUCAAUCUUUGGUACAACUCAAGUUAAAAGACUCAACCGGGGGUAAUCGGGUGUAAUUAAGGAAUAAAUAAAAAAAAUUAUAACAGCAAGAA